AUGGAGGUGCCGAAGACACAGAAGGACAUCCAGAGCCUUACCGGACGAGUGACAGCCCUCACUUGCUUCAUCUCCAAAGCCACAGACAAGUGUGCACCGUUCUUCAAAGCCCUGAAAGGGGGCAAGCACCAUAUAGAGUGGACUGCCGAAUGCGAUAAGGCGUUUCAAGACUUGAAGGACUAUAUGGGCCGAGCACCGCUACUGUCAAAACCCCUCCCUGGAGAAACACUCUAUCUAUAUCUAUCGCGGUUGAGGCCCUAUUUCCAGGCCCACACCAUCAUCGUUCUGACCAACCAGCCCCUUCGGCAGGUGUUUCAAAAACCUGAAACAUCUGGAAGGCUGGUAAAGUGGGCAAUCAAGCUGGGAGAAUUCGACAUACAGUUCAAACCCAGGCCUGCCGAAAAGGGACAAGUCGUAGCAGACUUCAUCGCUGAACUGACACCUUCGGAGGCUUCUGAACCUGAAAAAACCCCUCCACAGGCCGGCCUACCGAACGGCAGUCGUCUCGACCAGUCAACUCCUUUCUGGAUCCUGCACGUUGACGGUUCAGCAAACCAACAAGGAUGCGGAGCAGGUCUGGUACUCACCGCUCCCGAUGGAGCCAAAAUUGAAUAUGCCAUCAGGUUUGGCUUCCGAACGUCUAACAACGAAGCCGAAUACGAGGCGCUUUUGGCCGGCCUACGUCUCGCCAGAAGCAUGGGGGCAAUUCAGAUCAGCAUCUACAGCGACUCACAACUAAUAGUGAACCAAGUAAUUGCCGAUUUCGCAGCAAAGGAUGCGUCAAUGACGGCAUACCUUACGGCAGUACACCAGCUGCUAAACAAAUUUCAGGCGUAUGAAAUUCGGCAGAUACCAAGAAACGAGAACAGUCAUGCCGACGCCCUCGCUAGACUGGCUUCGGCAAUCAACGACAAAGUGGGUCGAAAGAUCCCCGUCGAGAUACUGGCCCUUCCGAGCACCGCCACUGCCGAGGUCUGCGCUGUAGAGUACAACGAUACGUGGAUGUCGCCUAUUCACGCUUACCUAACGAACGGUACCCUCCCUACGGAUAAGACCAAGGCCAGACAGCUGCGUUACCGAUCGACAAGGUACAUUGUCAUCAACGACAUUCUGUACAAACGUGGCUACUCGACCCCCUACAUGAAAUGUAUCACCGAAGAGCAGGGCGAAUAUGUCCUUCGGGAGAUCCACAGUGGUGUCUGCGGCGAUCAUUCCGGCUCUAAAUCCCUGGCCCACAAGGCCUUCCGACAGGGAUACUAUUGGCCGUCAAUGCAUCGGGAUGCAAUAGCAAUGGUGAAGAAAUGCGAUAAAUGCCAACGGUUCGGCAAUAUUCCCCAUCUUCCUGCCGAACCCCUCACACCGAUCGUAAGCCCAUGGCCGUUCGCCCAAUGGGGGCUCGACCUGAUUGGUCCAAUGCCACAGGGCAAGGGACAGGUUAAGUAUGCAAUUGUUGCCGUGGACUACUUCACGAAAUGGGUUGAGGCUGAAGCUCUAGCCACCAUAACGGCAGCGAGGGUCGAAGAGUUUGUCUAG